AUGAACUCGGGCGUCCAGUGCCCCAGGCGCGCAUUUCGACAGCCUUCUCCCCAUUCCGGAUCGUCGCGAAAGCGGACCGACUCGUCCAGAACGAUGUUAGUUAUUGGAUCCGCCCUUAUCGGCGGCAUCUGCAGGAAGUCGCCGACGAGCACGAUGUGCACGUCGCCGAACGGCACGCAGUCGACGUGCAUGUACCGACGCAACAAGUGGUCGAGCUUCAGCCACUCGGUCUUGUUCAUCAUGGAGAUCUCGUCUACGACGAGCAGGUCAAGCGGCGCAAACUGCUUUUCCUUGGUGGCGUGUUCGAGGCGGAUGAGGAAGCUCGCGAGCGUUCGCCCGCUGAUGAGCCCGCUGCAGAACAAGUCGACGGCGUUGAUGACGCGGCUUUUUCCCGUGCCACCGGCGCCGCCGAGGAACAUGAGCAGCUGGUCGUCUCGCAGUCGGUCCGUGUAG